AUGGUACAUAUACAGCUUACACGGAGCAAGUCUUCAUAUGCUUCCUCUGAGUCCACAUUUGAUUUUCAUGAAGACUUGGGGAAUCAUUACUGGAAACGCUUGAUCAAAGCCGGACAGAAACAAAACAAGUAUUCUGAGCCAUACACUCCGAAGAAACGCCUGCUCCAUAUUAUUGUGUUGAUGAUUUUUCUUGGGUUCACAUCCGGAUUCAUCUGGCUGUCGUUGCUCAUUACCCUUCCCCGACACCAUGACCCCAAGCCACCCUCCAAUCGAGUAAGCUAUAUCGUCGACAAGUGGAAGUCACCCUUAGACUCUAGCAGACUGCUAUCAACGUGGUCCUCAGACUUUACUCGGGACAUCACUCCGAUGUCAUGCCACUCGCACAACGACUACAAGCGUACAGUCCCUCUUUGCGAAGCCCUAGCCGCUGGGUGCACUAGUGUAGAAGCAGACAUAUUCCUCCCCACAAAGACAGCCAGCAGAGACUUAUUAGUAGGACAUAAGUCGGAGUCGCUUACACAGGACCGCACAUUGCAGUCUCUAUAUAUCGAUCCUCUCAUAACCACUCUCGAAAAUCUCAACAACUCCACGGAAGAAGAUAGAGGGCCAAAUAAUUGGAGUGGUGUAUACCAAUCGAGUCCAAAUACUACACUCACUCUUCUCCUGGACUUCAAGUCGAAUGGUGCCGCACUCUGGCCAUACGUCGAUGAGCAACUUUCGAGUCUCCGUUCCAAGAAAUGGCUUACUCACUGGAGCGACACAUCUGAGAUGACAUGGGCACCGAUUAUCGUCGUUGCGACAGGAAAUGCGCCAUUCGACAUCUUGAGCAAUAACAGAACCUACCGCGAUAUCUUCUAUGAUGCUCCUCUUGACGACAUCUCAAACGCUAUCUACAAUAACACGAACUCUCAUUACGCGAGUGUUUCGAUGUCACGUGCCAUUGGGAGACAGUGGUUUUGGAGAUUCAGUUCAAAACAGCGGGAUAAAAUCGGAGAGCAGGUCAGUGCCGCGCGUAGCAAAGGGCUAGUGGCGCGAUACUGGGAUACUCCGACUUGGCCUGUGACUUUCAAAGAUUAUGUGUCGGAAGUCCUCAUUGAGAAGGGUGUCGGAACACUAAAUGUAGACCGAUUUUCUUCUUCUCUUUACUUUCCGUUGUUGACUGGGUUUGGACAAAAUAGACUUGCUUAUUGAAUGGGAGACUUCUUGUUGCCACUACAGACAGUGCAUGAAGAUAACGAUGUGUACCAAU